AUGGUGCUGCGCCCGGGGAUCCAGUCCAAGACGCAGGCGGAGCUGGACGCCGUCGUGGGCCGCGGCCGCGCCAUCUCCGACGCCGACGUGGCCCGGCUGCCCUACCUGCAGCGCGUCGUGAAGGAGACGCUCCGCGUGCACCCGCUCGGCCCGCUGCUCUCGUGGGAGCGCCUCGCCGUGCACGACGCGGUGGUCGGAGGCCACCUCGUCCCCGCGAGCACCACGACUAUGGUCAACAUGUGGGCCAUCGCGCACGACCCCGCGGUGUGGGCGGACCCCUCCGCGUUCCGGCCCGAGCGGUUCGAGGAGGAGGACGUGAGCGUGCUGGGCGGGGACCUCCGGCUCGCGCCGCUCGGGGCCGGGCGGCGCGUGUGCCCUGGCAAGACUCUGGCGCUUGCCACCGUCCACCUCUGGCUCGCGCAGCUGCUGCACCGCUUCCAGUGGGCGCCGGCGGUGGAGGGAGCUGCGGCGGCAGGAAGUGGCGGUGGAGGGAGCUGCGGCGGCAGGAAGUGGCGGCGGCAGGAAGUGGCGAGGAGGCGGAGGAACACGCCGGGGCACAGGCGGCGGCGGAGCAUCGGCGCCGGUUUGAUGGUUUCGCUUUGCACUGGGCUACUGCAGUUUGAUCUUUGCUGCUGGAGAAGCCCUGGGCUGCCUGCUGAUGGUGGGUUUUGUAAGUUUCAGGCGUUCAUCGUGUUGAUUUUGAAACUCACGUAA